AUUUCAACCAAUGGCAGCACGCAUGCGACUCUUUUAGCCAAUGACGAACGUGUCUGAGUGCGCAGUCCGUUGGACGACGACGACCAUGGACCGGAGCUGUGUCCUCUUCGCUCCAACAAACUUUUAGCGUUUAGUUUCGACACGGACACGAACGGAGUGAGGCGGGGGAGCUGCUCAGAGCAGUAAUGGGGGAGAUUGAUGGUUCAUACCGGGUCCUGCAGACCCCUGGCACAAGGCUGGGAGCCCAGUUCAAUGCUGGUAUCAGCACUUUGGAGCCGGGCCAGAGCCUGAGUGCCAACAUGAUCAGCGGGAGCAAAAGCCAUGGGCGAGGACUACACAUCCGUGUGCAGGGGCUGGACGACUCCCAGGAGUUCUUUGAUAUAGACCCAAAGGCUCCUGCACAGACCCUCCUCUCUGAGGUUUUUCUUAGAGGCAACCUCAUGGAGAGUGAUUACUUUGGCCUGGAGUUUCAGAACAUGCAAAUGAACUGGGUUUGGCUGGAACCUAUAAAACCCGUUGCAAAACAAGUCAGAAGACCAUCAAAUACGCUAUUUAGACUGUCAGUGAAAUUCUUUCCUCCAGACCCCGGUCAGCUGCAGGAGGAGUACACGAGGUAUUUAUUCUCGCUGCAGAUGAAACGAGAUCUGAUGGAGGGCAGGUUGAUCUGCACAGAAAAUACUGGAGCCCUGCUGGCCUCUCACCUCGUCCAGUCGGAGAUUGGCGACUAUGAUGAUGUAGCAGACAGGGACUUCCUGAGGGUAAACAAGCUGUUGCCUUACCAAGAGAAGGUGCAGGAGAGGAUCAUGGAGCUGCACCGCAGACACCUAGGCCAGACUCCAGCUGAAUCAGAUUUCCAAAUCCUGGAGAUUGCCCGUAAACUGGAAAUGUACGGCGUCCGCUUCCACCCAGCAGCUGACCGGGAAGGCACCAAAAUUAACCUGGCUGUUUCUCAUAUGGGCCUCCAGGUUUUUCAGGGCAACACAAAAAUAAACACCUUCAACUGGUCCAAGAUCCGCAAACUGAGCUUCAAGAGAAAACGCUUCUUGAUCAAACUCCACCCAGAGGUUCAUGGCCCCCAUCAGGACACUCUUGAGUUUAUGAUGGCCAGUCGAGACCAGUGUAAAAUCUUUUGGAAGAUCUGUGUGGAAUACCACUCAUUUUUCCGUUUAUUUGACCAACCACAACCCAAAUCCAAAGCUAUCCUCUUCACCAGAGGCUCUUCCUUCAGAUACAGUGGAAGGACCCAGAAGCAGCUUGUGGAGUACGUCAGGGAAAAUGGAGCAAAGAGAACGCCAUACCAGAGGAGGAACAGUAAAAUACGAAUGUCUGCUCGCUCCGUAGCCACAGAUGUGCCAAAACAGAGCCUGUCAUUCAAUGACAGUCUCAGGGCCCAAGGCUCUCCUUCCUCCGCUACUGUGUCCUUCUACCCAGCGCACAUUUCAAGCAUUCUCCCGCGAACAGAAUUCCCACCCCAGCCUCAGCCUUUGUCCACACUGAGCCAGUCUCCAGCGCCUUCCCAGCAGCAGCAGCAGCAGCAGCAGCUUCACUCCCCUCUGCAAGCUACCAGAGCCCCCAGCCCUCCGAUGGAAGAACCUGUCAAGGCAGCUUCCCCAUCUCACUUCACUUUUCAAGAUUCAGUCGUGGACAGCCCUCAGCUCUCACCCUACAACCCCAAAGGUCCCCUCUGCCUGUCGCCCUCCUUCCAGAUGUCGACCCUCAGCCUGCCGGGCCAGGCCCCGUCGCCACUGCAAAGCCCCAUCCUGAGCGAGGUGGGCAGCAAUGCCAGGCUAGAGGAGGAGGAGGAGGGCAGGAGGAAGCGCUAUCCCACCGACAAGGCCUACUUCAUUGCCAAAGAGAUUCUGACCACAGAGCGAACGUACCUGAAAGACCUCGAGGUCAUCACUGUGUGGUUCCGCAGCGCUGUGAUCAAAGAAAACGCCAUGCCCGAAGGCCUGAUGACCCUCCUCUUCUCCAACAUCGACCCCAUCUACGAGUUCCAUCGAGGCUUCCUCAAGGAGUUAGACCAGAGGCUGGCUCUCUGGGAGGGACGCUCUAAUGCUCACGUCAAAGGAGACUACCAGAGGAUUGGUGAUGUGAUGCUGAGGAACAUGUGUGCUCUAAAGGAAUUCACCAGCUACCUGCAGAAGCAUGAUGAGGUGUUAACAGAGCUGGAGAAAGCCACAAAGAGGCUGAAGAAGCUGGAGACGGUCUACAAAGAGUUUGAACUGCAGAAGGUCUGCUACCUGCCCCUCAACACAUUCCUGCUGAAGCCCAUCCAGCGCCUCAUGCAUUACAAACUCAUCCUGGAGCGACUGUGCAAGCAUUAUUCUCCCAGCCACCGCGAUCAUGACGACUGCAAGGAGGCUCUGAAGGAAGUGGCAGAGAUCGCCACUCAGCUCCAGAGCAGUCUCAUCCGGCUGGAGAAUUUCCAGAAGCUGACGGAGCUGCAGAGAGACCUGAUCGGUAUAGAGAACUUGACGGCACCCGGCAGGGAGUUUAUUCGAGAGGGCUGUCUGUACAAGCUUACCAAGAAAGGACUGCAGCAGAGAAUGUUUUUCCUGUUCUCAGACAUGCUCCUCUACACGAGCAAAGGUGUGACAGCCACCAAUCAGUUCAAAGUGCACGGCCAGCUGCCUCUUCACGGCAUGAUAGUCGAGGAAAGUGAGAAUGAGUGGUCGGUCCCCCACUGCUUCACCAUCUACUCUGCUCAGAGGACCAUUGUAGUGGCUGCCAGCUCUAAAGUGGAGAUGGGGAAGUGGAUUGAGGAUCUGAACUUAGCAAUCGAAAUGUCCAAGAAGUCCCAAGAGAAAUCCAGCAUCUUCCUUGAACCUGGAUUUGGCGAUCACUCCAACCGAUCGUCCGACGAGGUCUCUCUGGAGCAGGAGUCGGAGGAUGACAUGAACUCCUCCCGUACUUCUCUGGAUAAGCAGACACACCACCGUGCCAACACGACCAUGCACGUGUGCUGGCACCGCAACACCAGUGUGUCUAUGUCUGAUCACAGUCUGGCUGUGGAGGUACUCCUCCUCUCUUUUUGUCUCUUCACCCUCUCAGUCUUCGGCUCUCCGGCCGUCUCACCAGAGCUCCCUCCUCGCUAUCUCCUCGGUCAGGGCCAAAGACCCAACACCAUCACUCACGUUUGUUGGUACCGAAACCAGAACCUCUCUCUCACUGAUUACCUGCGCAUGAACCAGAACCAGCUCUCAGGUUACCUCCUGAGGAAGUUCAAGAACAGUAACGGCUGGCAGAAACUCUGGGUUGUUUUCACCAACUUCUGCUUGUUCUUCUACAAGACUCACCAGGACGACUUCCCGCUGGCCAGCCUCCCCCUGCUCGGCUACACGGUCAGCACCCCUGAAGAGUCGGACAGCAUCCACAAGGAGUACGUCUUCAAGCUGCAGUUCAAGUCCCAUGUUUACUUCUUCCGGGCUGAAAGCGAGUACACCUUUGAAAGAUGGAUGGAGGUGAUCAAGAGUGCAGCUAGCACCGCAGGCCGGAUGAGCCUGCUCAUACCCAAAGGAGGUCCCAUGGAGCUGAACGGGAACUGAAUCAGACAUCGUGUAUCCGGAGGCUGGGCCUCCAGGACGUCAGAAAGACUGUAAUGUUCAGGUGAAGUGAAGUGAACGUUCAGACAACAACUGGACUGAACGAUGCUGCCAGUUUAAGUGUUAACAUUUCUCAGCUUAAGGAUUAAAUUCUAAUGGUCAGUGCAUUUUUUUUUUCUUUCUUUCUUUCCUUGAUUAAUGAUGUAAACUUUUGUUCCUGUACACAGGAUAUAAUGAAAGGGAGACGUGUAUAUUUUGAUCAGUUUUUUGCAUGCGUAGCGCUCAGUUCAUAUUUGCUGAUGGGAAAUAUUGUUAUAAGGGACCAACUCCAACACAAAGGGCUGAAACUGAGGCUUUUUUCUUGAAGGAAUUUUUUUUUUUUUUUUUAGCGCACGAUGACAGAAGCAUUAUUGUACACAGCGCUGUGCUAUGAGCAGGACACAGAUGAUUUACAGUACGUGGGAAAUGAAGGCACAGGAUAGUUUGUACUUUGAAAGAGGCAGAGGUGUGUGUGUGUGUGUGUGAGGGAGAUGGAGGUGAGCAGAAGGUUCAUGGAAUGUGGAAAGUAAAUUUUGCAGAUGCAUGGGAAGUUCUUAGAAAAUCGUGCUGCUGUCAAAACAAGUGAUUUUUGCUUUCAGACAUUUCGUUAAGUGCAUAUUUCUGAGGGUUUUUAGGGAUAAACCUUUAAGAACUAUUCGUAUAAACAGUAUUCAUUUCUUAAAUGCUAUCCGAGGCUUUAUGAGCCUGUUAAUUGAGGGAUGCAGAUGUUUAAAAAGGGAGGUUUUCUGCUUAAAUCUCCUGAGUAGUUACAGCCAGUUUGGUGCUACAUUUCUCUUUUAAUAUCAAAUGUAAUCAAAUGUACCCUGUUUUUAUUAUCGCUUAGGGAUAACAACUUGAGGAAAUACUGUGUAGUGUUUACUCUGUGUACAAGUGGCAGAUUUUCCUUCUAAAAAAACAAAAGCAAAACCAGAAGAACAUAUUUUUGAAUUAAUUGUACUUGGUGACUUCUUGCUGUGUGUCACACUGUUUUAGACAAAUGGAAGCUGACUUACGAGAGACACCGAUGACACUUAUUGUCAGUUAUGUAGCGCUACGUGCAACCACGGUAUUAUUUUGUUGUUUGUUUUUUUUGUAUGAAGACUGGAAUCUUUACCCUCUGUGUGUGUGUGGUGUGUGUGUGUGUGUGUCUGCAUUUGUGUGUGUGUGUGUGUGUGUGUGUGUGUGGAGAAGCCACUGUGGCUGUAACAUUAGGGCGAUGAUGGAGGUCGUUUCCAAACCAUCUGACAUUCUGUGUGUGUAAGAGUGACUGUUGCACAGUUAACAUACAGUAUGUUACUCCUAUUUAUUGUCUAGCAGGUCGUCGGGCUGUGUUCCCUGGACGCCCUCAUGUAGUCCUCAUGUUAUUCCAUCAACAACCUAACAAAUAAAAAUCAUUUCAAUCACA